AUGGAUCAACAAGCUCAGGCUCAUCGGGGCCGGUCGCUUUCGACUGGUCACCAACAGCCUCAUAUAAACCACUCUCACUCCCCGUCGCCGUCGCCCUAUCAGCAUAACGAUCCAUCCGUUGGUCUUGGUCUCACGCUCGAUCAGCCUGCACAACAGUCCUACGAGUCCUUCAACAACUCUGGUUUCCUGAGCCCUCAACAGUCGCCUUCUUUUCUUCCUCCUGCCCAUCAGCAGCAGAACAACUCCUUCGGCCAGGCCAAUUUGUCCGACCCCGCUAUUCUCGACCACAACAGCACUUCGCUGCCUUUCAACAACCAGUCUCAGGCAGCUUACCUGUCGCCCAACCUCAACGAUAACGAUUUCUCCCUCUUUCCGAAUACCAGUGGCCAGGGCGACCAGUUCAACGCUCCCUUGUUUGACCAAUCUACCUUGAACCCUAACGAUAUGAAUACCAUGGCGGCGCAAGGGCAUCACUCGCCCACCCCUCCUCACUUGUUCCAGCACGAUGGUCAACAGCCGGGUUCCGCUCAUCAGUCGCCUGCUUUUAACCAGCAUCAAUUCUCGUCUCCGCCCAGCCACUCGCGACACGCCUCUCUCGGUCCCGCAGAUGCUCUUCUCCCAAAUCAAAUAGCAGACUGGAACCGACCUCAGUUCCAGGGCCAUCGUCGUACACCAUCUGAAUACUCAGACGUUUCAUCCGUUGCUCCAUCGCCCAAUCUUGUUAGCGCCGAGUCCUUCGAGACCGAUAUUGGCGGGCACUCGCCUGCUCAUCGUCCUUCGGAUGGCGGUUUAUACCAGGAGGUGUUGAGUAUUGGUAACUUUAGUCUUUCCGAUCCCCAGAUCGGUGGUAGUCCCGGGCACCAGGGCCGUAGUCCUUCUCAUAGUCCUGCCAUUAGUCCUCGCAUCGUUCCUCAGCAGAUGCCCGACUUGAACCAGUUGAAUCAAAACAGCUUUGGCUUAGCAACUCCUCACAACCCAUAUGGAAUUCCCUCUACUUACCCCGAUGUCAAUGCGCCCGUUGAGGCUUUCCCGACACUUCAGCCCUCGGGUGCUGAUCUGUCGUCAAUGGCUCCUCCUGCCAUUAACAUCGAUUUCGCGCCCACUAAUUCCAAGCAAGGUGCUUUUGAUACACCGAAAUCGCGUAUGGAUCAAGACUCAUUGACCCCGCCAGACAGAGGCCGUCCCAGAUCUCGUCCUCGUGCCGUGACCGACCCGUUCCACCCUGGCGGCGGCUUGUUGGGUCGCCAGGGCAAUGUAAACAUGAUGUCGCCUUCUUUAGGUGCCGACUUGUCAGCGCGCUCGGACUCCAGAUCUUUGUCGCCUCUUGAUAGACAAGCAGGCACAUCGCCUUCUAGGAGAAGGCAGUCCACAUCAGCAGUACCCAAUAACGUCAUUGCCUUGCGACUGGCAGAUCCUGAGUACCAGAACAACCCGGACAACGGCGCCACUAAGCGUGUUCAAAAGCACCCAGCUACUUUCCAGUGCACGCUGUGCCCCAAACGGUUCACACGUGCUUACAACCUGCGCUCACACUUGAGAACCCACACCGACGAACGCCCCUUUGUAUGUACUGUCUGUGGAAAAGCCUUUGCCAGACAACACGACCGCAAACGACACGAAAGUCUGCACUCUGGCGAGAAGAAGUUUGUGUGCAAGGGCGAUCUCAAAGUCGGAGGCCAGUGGGGUUGCGGUAGGAGGUUUGCUCGCGCCGAUGCUCUGGGUCGUCACUUUAGAUCCGAAGCAGGCCGAAUCUGCAUCAAGCCUUUGCUGGAUGAAGAGAUGAUGGAGCGACAACGGCUCUGGCAAGAACAAAGAAUGCAGCACAACAUGGCGCAAAGCAUGGUGGCUGCGUCUGGCAUGCCAAUGGAUGGCCCUGUCUACCCCAUGGACCCAACAGGCAACCCCAUGCUUCCAGCAGCUCUUCUGGCCCAGUAUCCCGCACUGGCUCAGUUGAAUUGGUCAACUCCUGAUGUAAAUUCUGGCAUGGAUGAUGAAGUCAGUGGUCGUUCCUCAUUCGAUGCCAGUGACUACGACGAGAACGACGACGGCGGAUACGUAAGUGGCCCUGGAACAGGAUUUGGCGAGGGCGGCAUGGGUCAAGGCUUCGGCGAAAUGGGAUAUGCCAGUGACUUUGGUGGCCGGUAA